AUGGACAACAUGGUUAUUGACAUGGACAACAUGGACAACAUGGACAACAUGGUUAUAGGAGACAUGGACAACAUGGUUAUAGGAGACAUGGACAACAUGGUUAUAGGAGACAUGGACAAGAUGGUUAUAGGAGACAUGGACAACAUGGUUAUAGGAGACAUGGACAACAUGGUUAUAGGAGACAUGGACAACAUGGUUAUAGGAGACAUGGACAACAUGGUUAUAGGAGACAUGGACAACAUGGUUAUAGGAGACAUGGACAACAUGGUUAUAGGAGACAUGGACAACAUGGUUAUAGGAGACAUGGACAAGAUGGUUAAAGGAGACAUGGACAAGAUGGUUAUAGGAGACAUGGACAACAUGGUUAUAGGAGACAUGGACAAGAUGGUUAUAGGAGACAUGGACAACAUGGUUAUAGGAGACAUGGACAACAUGGUUAUAGGAGACAUGGACAACAUGGUUAUAGGAGACAUGGACAACAUGGUUAUAGGAGACAUGGACAACAUGGUUAUAGGAGACAUGGACAACAUGGUUAUAGGAGACAUGGACAACAUGGUUAUAGGAGACAUGGACAACAUGGGUUAUAGGAGACAUGGACAACAUGGUUAUAGGAGACAUGGACAACAUGGUUAUAGGAGACAUGGACAAGAUGGUUAUAGGAGACAUGGACAACAUGGUUAUAGGAGACAUGGACAAGAUGGUUAA